GAAACGUACGUGCAGUACUUAAUACGUGCAUAGCGCAUACAGUCGAGCGCAUGCUGCAUGCCUCAUCAUCAGAUCAGAGCACAGAGCGUACAUUCGGAAGGACAUGAAGGAGUGCCCCCGUUAUUACCGGCGUAAAUUGAUGGUUUGAGGCACAUAUUUCCGCGUUCGUUUUGCUCUUUUGUGUACGUGUGAUCUUCAUUAAAAGGCUCAAGAUGGGUAGAAAGAGCAGACGAAAGUAUAACCAGGACCCGGAGGAUGUGGCUAAGGCUGAUAAGAAGGAAAUCACAUCAUUAUGCUCACAGAUACUGGAAAUCGCUGGCAGACCGUCACCCAUGACUCCAGCAAAACAAUGGGAAGAAUACCUGCAGAUUCACAGCUUAGUGGAGAAGAUCCGCAAGAAACAGCAUGAUGUUUCCUUUGAUAACCAUAAUCGAGAGGAGCACGUUGAGGAAUUCAUGGCGUGGGCUCACAGCCAAGACAUCAUAUGUGACUCGGUCAGCAUCCAUCAAAUUGAUGAACAGGGACUUGGACUGAAAGCAGUCAAAGAAAUCAAAGAACACGAUCCAUUUCUAACGGUGCCCAGGAAAGCUAUGCUUACCGAGGACCGAGUGCUGGACUCACCUUUAGGCCCACUUAUCCGGAAGGAUCGUGUCCUACAAGGCAUGGCCCAUGUAGCCCUUGCCCUCUUCCUCUUGAUGGAGCGUCAGUCAGAGCACUCCAACUGGAAACCCUACAUAAAUAUCUUACCAAGUUCCUACCAAGUUCCACUGUACUUCACUCCGGAUGAGCUACAGCAGCUGCAAGGAUCCCCAACAUACACUGAUGCACUAAAGCAACACAAAAACAUCGCCAGGCAGUUUGCUUACUUCUACAAACUCUUUCAGAUGCACGUGGAUGCUGUCAAGCUACCACUCAAAGAAUGCUUCACCUAUGAUGGAUACAGAUGGGCAGUAUCGACUGUGAUGUCCAGACAGAAUCAGAUUCCUUCUGAGGAUGGUUCCCAUCUAGUGACAGUGCUCAUUCCACUAUGGGACAUGUGCAAUCACACCAAUGGCGUGAUUACCACUAGCUUCAAUCUGCAACGAGACAGCUGUGACGGCUUAGCCCUUCAUGAUGUGGCUGUGGGCGAGCAGGUCUGUAUCUUCUACGGCCUCCGCUCCAACUCUCAUCUCUUGCUGUACAGUGGCUUUGUCUACCCUGAGAGCGAGUGCGAUAGUGUCAACAUUCAGCUCGGCAUCAGUAAGAACGACCGGCUGUACGCCAUGAAGAGUCAACUUCUGGCCAUGAUGGGAUCCGCUGAAUCAUCUAUCAACCUUGCGGUGGAAGGUGGUGAUAAUCCUGUCAGUCCUGAAUUGAUUGCCUUUCUGAGAGUCUUCUCCAUGGAUGAGGAAGAGUUGGUGAUACGUAUGUUUGAUAAGAACAAGACAGAGUCCUUGGGACGGCUGAUCCGUCCCAAUUGCCUCAUCAGUAAAGCCAACGAGCUACGCGUCUGGUCCUUCCUGGAGACCAGACUGUCAUUGCUGCUGAGACAGUACAAGACGACCAUUGAGGAGGAUAUAGAGCAACUCUCCAAGACUGACCUGUCGUCUAACUCCAAGCUGUGCAUUCAGCUGCGUCUCUUGGAGAAACGCAUCCUGCACAACGCCAUUGCCUACAUCAAGAUACGGCGGAAGGACACUGAGGAGCUAGCUGAUGAUGCCGUCUGUUACCAAGAAGAGUUGGAAUCAGAAGAUAUGGAUAAAGUCGUGGAGGUCCCUGACGCAAGCCCAGCGCAGGUAGCAAGGUUGGAGUACAAGACCAACCCCAUUGACACUCAGUCUGAUGGCAGUAGCUCCUCCAAUAGGAACUCCUCCUUGUCACUACAGAGUGAUACCAGUGAGGAUUCGAUAUCCAAGCCCGUGAACCAGAUCACUACUGAACCAUCAGAUAGCAUGGGGUCUGCCGUGACUAACGGAGACAACGAGUCCUACAACAGUGAAAUCAAAGUGAACGGUACAGUAGACAGUCUGAACAACGCAUUGAAUGGUAUCAACCUAAAUGGGGACAGCAGUCAUCCAGUGGAUGGCGACACAGAAGGCAAUCAUGCCGCCACAGUCUCCAAUGGUCACAGUGAGUUGAAUAGCAUAGCUGAUAACAAUUAGAAACACAAGGGGUCUACACUGCUUUUGUCAACCCUCUUAUUGGUUUUUAUUUUAAUUUUAGCAGGUUUGAGUUGAAUCAAGCCGGUGGAUGAGAGAAAUUGAGUUUAAUUCUGUCCUUCCAGGGGUAGGGAUGAGUGUCACGUAAAGACCAACAUGGAAGGUUAGUCUUUCGGGAAUAAAGAUGUUUCCAAGAUUAUUGGCUAAUCCUCUGUCUAUGUAAGUGUAUUGAUCUCAUGGUAAUUUUAUGGAUUGUGAUUACUUGUGACAAUCGUUUACAUACAAUGACUCGGUAGCCUGAAAUACAGUCGCUUUCUGCACAAAAUGUUUGAAUUCUAAACUAAAACAAUAUUCUUCUGGACCAACAUUGUGGUAAUCACUGAUUACAUCUCUGAUUAUCUUAAGAAAAGUAUUUUUUUAAAAUUAAGAUUGAGUGCAAUACAUGCCAAUACAUGUAUAAAAAAGACUGCAGUUGGUGUGUCCAAUUGCUACUGUAAUUUCAUUGAAUCUAAACAG